CCACAGACCAAAAGCUACGAACUGAGUCUGUCCCUCAAAGCCGCUCCAAACGCAGCUGACUUUUGCAGUAACCUUAAAAUCUUGGAAGCUUCCCAUAAUGCAUUACAAACUAGGGUCUAUUCAUUUCGGAAACCGUUUAAGAACCAAACAGAUGCAAACAGAGCAAAAUUAGAGUUUAUAUUGGAUACAUUCAGGUAGGUCGCUCCCCGUUUCGUUUGCUUCCAUUUUAAGAAACGUUUUGCAACUGAUUCGGCUAAAUGAAUAAGCCACUUUUUUUAAGCGGAGUAACUAGCCAGAGAGCAGAAAACAACAACAGCAGCAGCGUGAACGAGGCUAAACAACGGGCUAGCUAGCUAGCUACAUGAAUAGCGACAACAGCGACCAGGAUUUGUCAAACGCAAUGCCCUUAGUUAUCUUAAUUAUUUGUCUUCUAGUCGGAUAAUGUGAGUAAUCUCAUUUUAAGCUUGGACCAAACAUAUUUGCUGUUGCAUAUCGAUUUGCAUUGACAUUACGAACCUUACUCGAGAGCAAGCUACCUAGCAAUCGACGUCUCUCUAUGUUUGAAUAUCUUCCGGCGGCAGCAGCGGUGUCAUGAACAGUGGACUCCCAGCUUCAGCUGCUCCACUCGGGGGUGUCGGAAUACCCUGCGUCAAGGUGAAGUUCUGCCGAUACUACGCAAAGGAUAAGACUUGCUUUUAUGGGGACGAGUGUCAGUUUUUGCAUGAGGAGCCGUCUAUGGCAAGCAUGUCCCUUCACAGUGGAGCAAGUCCUGUCCCUUUAUCCAUGUCUGGAGGAGCCGUGACGUAUCCGCUUAGUGCACCCCCGGCCUGCCCGGUUGGGGUACCGAACGUCCCCAAAAAGGGCGACUCUCUGGGGCCUGCAGGCACCGUUCUGGAGGGACAGAUGUUAACCAUCCCUGGGAUGGAGGGUGGGACCCUGAGCGACGCCAAUCUGACCAACUCCUACUUCAGCAGCAGCUUCAUUGGGGUCAACGGCUUCGGGAGCCCGGCAGAGUCUAAAUACUCUAUCAUGCAGAGAAUCACCAACAGCAGCAGUUCUCCCAGUCUCCUUGACGACGGUGCCAAGAACUUCAGCCACAGCGCUCACGAUCUAUUCCAUGGAACCCUGGCAGCUGGACCAGGUCAGAGUUGUGGGUCGAUGGAAAACUCUCCGUGGACAACACAGUCUUCAUUCCCUCUCCCUCUAUGUCCUCUUCCAGAUCCAGGGAAUUCCCCCAUGUCUUCACUCUUCAGUGACUUUGGUGCUCUGAGCAUAUCACAAAGGAGAAAGGGUCCUAACCCUACAGCCAAUGAGUUCAUCCCUAAGGGGGUUCCCCGCAUGGCCACUAUGGUCCAGUCCAGUGGUCCGGCCUUCCCAUCACCCCUCUUCCCCCACCUCGGCCUCAGCAGCUCCACCGCCCUCGCACCUGGGAUGUCUCUCUCUGCGGGGUCCACCCCUCUCCACUCCCCUAAAAUCACCCCCCAAACCUCACCUGCCCCUCGCCGGCGUAGCCACACCCCCAACCCCAAUAACCCCAACCCAGCCAACUACAUGGUGUCCACCAGUGUGUCUGACCAGGGGGCCCACAUCAUCCAGAAGGAGACGGUGGGGGGGACCACCUAUUUCUACACGGAUAACACCCCCGCUCCCAUGGCCGGGAUGGUGUUUCCUACCUACCACAUCUACCCCCCCACUGCUCCCCACGUGGCCUACAUGCAGCCCAAAGCCAACGCCCCAUCCUUCUUCAUGGCUGAUGAGCUCCGACAGGAGCUGAUUAACAGACAUCUGAUUACCAUGGCUCAGCUUGACCAGUCAGAGAACACAGGUGUUCCAUCUGAGGUGGAUAGCUACCACAGCCUGUUUCCCCUGGAGCCUGUCCCUCCUCCCAACCGCCUGCAGAAGACCAGCAACUUCAGCUAUAUCACUUCCUGCUACAAGGCUGUCAACAGCAAGGACGACCUACCGUACUGCCUGAGGAGGAUACAUGGUUUCAGGCUGGUGAACACCAAGUGUAUGAUGCUGGUGGACAUGUGGAAGAAGAUCCAGCACUCCAACGCUGUUACCCUGAGGGAGGUCUUCACCACCAAGGCCUUUGGAGAUCACUCGUUGGUGUUCUCCUAUGACUUCCAUGCGGGGGCAGAGACCAUGUUCAGCCGGCAUUUCAACGACCCCGCGGCCGACUCCUACUUCACCAAGAGGAAGUGGGGACAGCACGAGCCCACUCCACCGCGGCAGCACGCAGGUCUGCUCCCCGAGUCUCUGAUCUGGGCCUACAUCGUCCAGCUGAGCUCAGCCCUCAGAACUAUCCACACUGCUGGUCUGGCCUGUAGGGUCAUGGACCCCAGCAAGAUCCUCAUCACCGGCAAGACCAGGUUACGAGUGAACUGUGUAGGGGUGUUUGAUGUCUUAACGUUUGACAACAGUCAGACCAACCAUGUGACCCUCAUGCCACAGUACCAGCAAGCGGACCUGAUAUCCCUGGGCAAGGUGGUGUUGGCCCUGGCCUGUAACUCUCUGGCUGGCAUUCAGAGAGAGAACCUGCAGAAGGCCAUGGAGUUGGUGUCUAUCAACUACUCAUCAGACCUCAAGAACCUCAUCCUGUAUCUGUUGACAGAGCAGUCUAGGCUGCGCAGCGUUAAUGACAUCAUGCCCAUGAUUGGAGCUCGCUUCUACACACAGCUGGAUGCAUCACAGAUGAGAAAUGAUGUCAUCGAGGAGGACCUGGCGAAGGAGGUCCAGAAUGGUCGUCUCUUCCGUCUGUUGGCCAAACUGGGCACCAUCAACGAGAGACCAGAGUUUCAGAAGGACCAUACGUGGUCUGAGACGGGGGACCGGUACCUGCUGAAGCUGUUCAGAGACCACCUGUUCCACCAGGUGACCGAGGCUGGAACCCCCUGGAUAGACCUCAGCCACAUUGUUUCCUGCCUCAACAAACUGGACGCGGGCGUGCCUGAGAAGAUCAGCUUAGUGUCUCGGGAUGAGAAGAGUGUUCUGGUGGUGACCUACUCGGACCUGAAGCGCUGCUUCGACAAUACCUUUCAGGAGCUGCAGCAGGCCGCUGUCGGACCGCUGUAGCGCCCCCCCCACAGGCAGCGGGGUGGGGCUGCCUGAACCGUACAGCACAUUAUUGCACUACAGCGGAGGACCAGGCGCAUAGUGAUGACAUCUUCAGCGUGGCGAGAGAGGCAGAGGGGGUGGGACUUGCUGGACCUCAGUCACAUACACUGUCUUGGCAACCAGGAAGGCUUUUCUAAAGCUGUUUUCUUUAUUUUUCCUAAAAUCCCGCAGCUGCGAUGACAAGUAAUGGACAAAAACGGAAGCUGUAACGAUUACGAACGCUUAAUUUUUUUUAGACUUGGGGAACAAAACGGAUACUAAAAAAUAAAACCACCACGUGGGAUUUAACUUUUUCCUGCUUUUAUUUUUUAUUUUUUUCUAGAUAUUUUUUUCUCCCUCUGUGGAGGAUGGACUAAGAUGUUUGACUUUUUUUAAUGAAUGUGAGUGGCCUACAGGCUGAACCUACCGAGAGUGGUGAACAGACACACACACACACACACUGAGAACCUAAUAUAAAAUCAGGCUUUAUUUUUACUGUGUGUCUUCCUGCUGGAGACCACACCCCUUCAUACCAACGCACUAAGAGACGGGACAGACCACUGGACGCUUUCAAAGGGGGUGGUCAGGGAACCUAUUUCUGAAAUGGACCUCCUUGCUUGUCGGUUCCCACUCAAAAGGACAAACCACUGAGUUUUUGGGUAGAGUGCUGGGUUGGGGACUCAGACAGACCAUUGGUCAAUUCAAUGCCUUGAUGUGGAGGUCAAGGGUCAUGCAACAUUGAGGUCAUGUGUUAGGGGGGCUAUUGCGUUAAACUGUGGUUUCUGUUGGCACUGAGGUAGGGUUUUGUCUAGAAGGGAUACAUUUUUUUGGCAAAAUUGACUUUUUGUAGCAGGUUUAGGAUAACUUACACCGCAGUUUAGGAAAAGGGUCAGGGUUAGUUAAAAUGCACCAAAAAUCAACUUUUUCCAUCAAUUUUACAAAAGCUGUAUCCUAUCUAGACAUGAUCCUUAGGAAGGGGUAUCUUCUCCCUGUUAUAUAGCGCAGGGUCAUAAAAGCAGCAGGCUCCUUAAUUGCUUCAUGAUGGACACUAUUGUGGAAAAUGUUGUGACACCAAUGAUGAACUCCGUGAGAUGGAAUAUUUAGGUCUGGCUCAU